GGGAAUCUUUUAUUUAAGGUGCAUCUUCAGAGUCUUCUCAGGAGGAACAAACAGCAUCUUGUGAAGGUUCAAAUGCUGCUGUUAAUAUGGAUGUAUCAGAACCUGUUGUGGAAAAUGGAGAGACAGAAAUGUCCCCUGAAGAAUCAUGGGACCACAAAGAAGAAACAAGUGAAGUAGAACUUGGAAGUGGCCCAUCAGGAGAUGCAGGAGCUACUGAGGAGGGUGCCCAGGAAAUGAUGGAGGAAGAGGAGGAAAUGCCAACACCUAAAUCAGUGGUAGCACCACCAGGUGCUCCUAAAAAAGAACAUGUAAAUGUAGUAUUCAUUGGGCAUGUAGAUGCCGGCAAAUCAACCAUUGGAGGACAAAUAAUGUACUUGACAGGAAUGGUUGACAAAAGAACACUUGAAAAAUAUGAGCGAGAAGCUAAAGAGAAAAACAGAGAAACAUGGUACCUAUCUUGGGCCUUAGACACAAACCAGGAAGAACGAGACAAAGGUAAAACAGUAGAAGUUGGUCGGGCCUAUUUUGAAACGGAGAAAAAACACUUCACAAUUUUAGAUGCCCCAGGACAUAAGAGCUUUGUUCCCAAUAUGAUUGGUGGAGCUUCUCAAGCUGAUCUGGCUGUGCUGGUUAUUUCUGCAAGAAAAGGCGAGUUUGAAACUGGAUUUGAAAAAGGUGGACAAACAAGAGAACAUGCCAUGUUAGCAAAGACAGCGGGUGUAAAACAUUUAAUAGUUCUUAUUAAUAAAAUGGAUGAUCCAACCGUAAACUGGAGUAAUGAAAGAUAUGAGGAAUGUAAAGAAAAACUAGUGCCAUUUUUAAAGAAAGUUGGCUUCAAUCCCAAAAAAGAUAUUCACUUCAUGCCCUGCUCAGGAUUGACUGGAGCAAAUCUUAAAGAACAAUCGGACUUCUGUCCUUGGUAUAUAGGAUUACCAUUUAUUCCAUAUCUGGAUAAUUUGCCAAACUUCAACCGCUCAGUUGAUGGACCAAUCAGGCUGCCAAUUGUCGAUAAAUACAAGGAUAUGGGCACUGUGGUCCUGGGAAAGCUGGAAUCAGGCUCGAUUUGCAAAGGACAACAGCUUGUGAUGAUGCCAAACAAGCACAACGUGGAAGUUCUUGGAAUCCUUUCUGAUGAUGUAGAAACUGAUUCAGUAGCCCCAGGUGAAAAUCUGAAGAUCAGACUGAAAGGAAUUGAAGAAGAAGAGAUUCUUCCAGGAUUUAUACUCUGUGACCCUAAUAACCUGUGUCAUUCUGGACGCACAUUUGAUGCCCAGAUAGUGAUAAUUGAGCACAAAUCCAUCAUCUGCCCAGGUUAUAAUGCGGUGCUGCACAUUCACACCUGUAUUGAAGAAGUCGAGAUAACAGCCUUAAUCUGCUUGGUAGACAAAAAAACAGGAGAAAAAAGUAAGACGCGACCCCGUUUUGUGAAACAAGAUCAAGUAUGCAUUGCUCGUUUAAGGACAGCAGGAACCAUCUGCCUUGAGACAUUCAAAGAUUUCCCUCAGAUGGGUCGCUUUACCUUAAGAGAUGAGGGUAAGAGUACUUUAUCUACAGUUACACUUAGUGUCUGUAUAGAUGCAUGGAUUUUCAUAUGCUUAGAAUAAGAAAUAUCAUGCACA